AUGGUAUACUUCUAUGAGUCCCAGCCAGAUGCCGAUCUCCCAGGUUACCAAAUAAUUGCUGGGCGCGAUAAGUUUGAGAACGAUCUUUUGAUCAAGUACUUCUACAGAGAGCUGAACCACAUAUGGUUCCACGUUGACAAAUACUCUAGUGGGCAUGUGUACUUGAAAUUGCAGAACGACAAACAGACUCUGGGGGACGUCCCGCGUGCGGUUGUCAGCGACUGUUUACAGUUGUGCAAAUCCGAGUCAAUACAGGGCAACAAGCUCGAUCAGUGCACAAUCGUGAUCACCCCGUGGACCAAUCUGCGGAAGAGCGGAUACAUGAAACCAGGGGAGGUUUCCUUCAAGGCAACGAGUAGGUGUAAAAAGAUGGUAUGCCAUGCGCGAGACAACAAAGUGCUGAAUAGACUCGCGAAAACCAGGGUCGCGCUUGACGAUGGAGUGGAAACACUCCUUCACGAGGCAAAGAAGAGUAAAGACGGCAGAUUCUUCACAGAAUACUUGAGCGCACACCGGGAAAGGCUCCUCCUGGAGGAAAGGGAGAAGAAACAGGCCAAAAAACUGAAAAAAAGAUUGCAAAAACAGGAAACAGACCCCACGGACAAUGAACCAACUGUAUCACUGUGA